AUUUUAAUAUAUUGCUAAUAUAUUUAAGGACAUAUUAGCAAUAAGCUAGUUAUAUCCAAUCACAAAAGACUUUGUUGCAGCUGCUAAACCACCUUUGGUAAAUAUUAACACUGAAGCGUUUAAUAUAAAGCAAAAGGGAAAGGCGUUCGACAUUCACCAUGAAAGUUCUGUCCUGCUUUAUUUUGCUAUUUUCUUGCUAUUUUUUCCCGGAUUCAGCCGGCGGUACUUGUCCUUCGGGGGUUCCAAAUGGCUGUGAAUGUGACAUGGUCAUUCACCAGGUUAAAUGCAAGGAUAUAACCGUACGUUCUGACAUAUCGUCUUGGCUACCAAAUAAUACAAAUCAACUAGAGCUUGAAAAUUGUGAUAUAAGCGUCUUAAAUCGGGACAGUUUUAAGAAUGUGGACAAUCUAACUCGCGUGGAAAUAUUUAAUCAACAACGUCGCCUUUCCUUUAACGAUAGUUUGGUGUUUCAAGGUUUGAAACGUUUGUUUAAAGUGAACUUGAAUAAUAAUAACAUUGCCUCACUGCCUGCUGGCUUGUUUGCUAACCUUCCGCGUUUGGAUCAAGUUUUCCUGAGCAAUAAUCGAUUAAAUCUAUUGCCUGAUGAUCUGUUUGAAAAUUCAACAAACGUCCAGAAUUUACAGCUUGGGUAUACACGAUUGGAUCCAGAUGUAAUCUAUAAGAUCGGUGAAGGACAAUUUGGUAAAAAUUUUCAGAUACUGCUUAUAACUGGCACGCCUAUUGAACAUUUGAAGGAUGGUUUAUUCAGUGGCUUGCCAAAACUGAAGACCUUAGGAAUUUCAAAUUGCGAAAUAAAGUCUAUUGGGGCUGAUAUACUGAAGGGAACUGAGAUUACCAGCAUAACCCUGGAUGGAAACCCAAUCAAAUUCAUCAAUGAGAAUGCUUUCCAAGGUUCUAAAGUGACAACAUUUCAAUGUAAUGGUUGCCAACUUACAUCAGCUAUCACAUUUAAUGGAUUUCUUAAAAAGAUGUCUCUUUCUCAAAUCAGCUUCCAGAAUAAUAACCUCACUACCAUUCCAGAGGAUGCAUUUACAUACCAUAGACAACUCCAUGUUAUUCAGCUAUCGAAUAACUCAUUCCAGUGUGAUUGCAAUUUAGCUUGGCUGCAAACCUUACCCAGGAAAGUUUCAAGUGACAAGGAAUCCUGGAAAUGUGCUGAACCAGAGAGUGUUGCUGGCCAAAUUUUUGUUUCGCUUAAAAUAGAAGAGUUUUGCUACCAAUCUGGAAAUUAUUCUUGUCCUUCUGAGGCUCCGCGUAGUUGCAAGUGUAAUCUGGUACGGAAAAGUGUUGAAUGUAAAGAUGAUGAGGGAAUCACUGAGAUACCGUCAUGGAUACCGAACAAUACAAAGUUUCUGACAUUUGAAAAUUGUAGUAUAAGCCUUCUACAUCGCGGCAGUUUCAAAAAUCUAGUUAAUCUGACUGGCUUAAAAAUUCGAAACAAUAAACAACGUCUUUACUUUAAAGAUGGUUCGAUGUUUCAAGACUUGAAACGUCUAUUUGGAGUUGACUUCAGUGGUGAUAAUAUUGAUUCUCUCCCCGCAGGAUUGUUUGCAAACUUUCCACGUUUGCAAGUAGUUUCUCUCAACUAUAACCCAUUGGUAACCUUGCCUGUUGAUUUGCUCGAAAAUUCCACAAAUCUUAAGCAUUUUGAAUGUGAGAAUACAUCAUUAAAUGAAAGUGCGAUUGAUAAUAUCGGGAAAGGAUAUUUCGGUAAGAAUAUUCUCAAUUUGAAACUCACCGGCACUCCAAUUCGACAUUUGAAGGAUGGUUUAUUCAGUGGUUUAUCAAAGUUAUCAACCUUAGAAAUUACGAAUUGUGGGAUUAAGACUAUUGGGGCGGACAUAAUAAAAGGAACUAAGAUCUCAAAUAUAAAGCUUGAUGGUAAUCCAAUCGAGUUCAUAAACGAGAAGGCCUUCCGCAAUUCAAAAAUAUCGAAUUUCCAAUGUGUCGGUUGCCAUCUUUGUUCCAAUCUUACAUUUAAUGGCUUUUUGAAAAAGAUGUCACUUCAUAGAAUCAGCCUACAGCGCAACAAACUCACUUACGUUCCCAAAGAUGCGUUUAUGAACCAAAGAUUUCUUCACACAAUUGACUUGUCGGAAAACCUUAUUGAAACUAUUGAAGAUAAUCCCUACGCCGACCUUCCAUCUUGUGAUAAAACCACUUGUGUAGUUCUUCGUGAUAACCCUCUCAAUUGUGACUGCAAAUUAGCAUGGCUCCGAUCCUUUGCUGACAGUAUUCAAGGUAACAAAUCCUCCUGGAAAUGUGCGAAACCACAGAGAUUUACUGGGAAAAGUUUGGUAUCGGUUAAUAUCAAUCAGUUUUGUUGUGAAAGCAAUAACACUUCGAAAAAGAUUUGCGGUUUGCCUGAUCCGAAUCCCAAUAACGGAUGGGUCAUCUCUGGUCACAUUGUCGUUGCCCUCUUGUCUCAGCUCCUAGUAGUGUUUGGUGUUCCUGUAUUUUUUAAUGCAUGAUUGUUUUCCAAUUAGUAGUGAAUGAUUGUUUUCGAAUUAGUGAACUAUAGGAAUCCGACGGCAAAAAAGACCCGAAAAUCAUAUGGUUUGUUCAUGUAACUUUUUGCCACAGUGAUGCGAUAAUUCAUCGCCAGAAAGUGGCGUUCACAGGUUAUUUUGUUGGGGUGACACUUUUUUGGGCGUACUCCUCUAUUAAAGGCUAAGAAAAUUUUGAACAUUAGAAUAGAGCAGAUGCAUGCGAUUUGCUUCGUUUAAUUUAUGGUGAAUUAAAUAUAAUAUUCUGCA